AUGUGCAGGCCUUGCAGUUUGCCGCUGACGGCAGUUUGCUCCUCGUCCUUCAUGGCAAGGGUUUCUUGGACGCUUGGCGACCAAUGUCUGGAGAACUGCUCGGGCGAUGGCACCUGCAACGGCCUUCAGGAGGCUUUGCCGCCUCCUUCUGCGUCCAGGCAGCCAGCAGACACAUCAUCGUCGCCUGGCAGAUGCAAAGGGCAGCACCUCAACUGGAGGCUCUCGCACUUCCUCACCGUCUGGACUCUGGCUGUGAGGACUCCGGCGCGACGGAUUCUUCGGAUGUCGGCAAACUCAUCAUCUGAGCUGGCGGGGGGUGAGAAAUCCGAUGCCAUGGGCCAUGGGCCUGCCAUCACAACAAGUCCUAUCCGUCAUGGCUUCACAUUGCCUUCGCAGCACAUCGGGACGAAGUUCCUCGACGUGGUGUAA